AACAAGCUAUAAUCGGGAUGAUGGUGAUAAAAUUGUGACUACAAGUCGUGAAUCCGACGUAGUAUUAGAUGUUGAAGAUGCUUUGGGAUUGUAAGUGGAAUUUAACAUUAAUACAGGUAUCAAGUGAGUUAAUUAAGUGAUAGUUUCCAUUGGCGCCGUAUUUAUUGCCGCUAAAGAAUUCACUCAAUCAGCUGUUUGUCAAUAGUAGUCUAUCUCGCUCACACUUAUCAAAAUCUACGUAUGUGGUCUUCUUCGUCUAUUUCAUUUUUGGGCAUUCUAUUUUGGUACUUUACCAUCAUGAUGUGAUGCGAAUAUCCUAAUUUUGUGUUCCCAACGAGUGUAUCCUCAGGUUACUUUCAAGAGUCAGAAUGAACCAAUAUCAGACAUGGGAAAAAACGAUGAUAGUACAAAAAAUAUGGAAACCAGUAAGAGAAAGUCAGAGGACAACGGAGCAAGAUAUAAAUGUGAAUAUGAGGGUUGCGAACGCACUUACAGCACAGUUGGUAAUCUGCGAACACACAUGAAAACACAUAAAGGUGAAUAUAGGUUCAAAUGUCCAAUGCAAUCAUGCGACAAAGCAUUUCUCACAUCAUACAGUCUGAAAAUCCAUGUACGGGCCCACACAAAGGCGAAACCGUUUGCAUGUAACACUGGCAACUGCAGGAAAGCAUUCAAUACACUGUACAGACUCCGGGCGCACCAACGGUUACACAGCGGGGACACAUUCAACUGCAAAGCUGACGGCUGCACAAAGUUCUUCACUACCCUCAGCGACCUGAAGAAACAUAUCCGAACGCACACACAAGAGAGGCCUUAUAAGUGCAGGACCGAAGGAUGCGGCAAGUCGUUCACGGCGUCGCACCACCUCAAGGCACACGGCCGGACCCACCGCGCCGCACCCAAUGUCUUCGCUCAUGUUCGAAUACGACAGGAACCUGAAGCACCAACAGUUACCAUCAUCGAAACAUCUAAGCCCACAACCGACCCUAUGAACUGGGAAAGCCUCUUAGAAUCCUUCGGAAGAAUAACAACAGAAUCUAACUCGACGGAUGGCAGUCUCGAGGAUAUUACUGCAGUGAACCCCCUCACAAGUACAAGUGUAGAUAUAACGGAAUUGCUGUUCGAUAACGCGACUAACAUACCUAAACCUAUCGACUACGACUUGAAUAUCGAUGUUGCCGUUUCGCCUUACGAUGUUGAAAAACCCAAAAAAGAUGCUUGGGUCGACGUUUGCGAUCUUCAGCCAAUCGGUUUGACUUCUAUCGAGGAUCCUAUAAAAAUGGAUAUCAAACCGAAGGCAAUGCAAUUAGCUAUGGCGAAUGAGGUAGAAGUCCAAGCACCUUGGGUUGACGUCAGCGCCCUAGCAGCCUCAAUAUCGGAAACCCCAGUGAGUAUCAAAGAAAAAGCUCCAGAAAGCAUUUUCACUCUUGCAACCUUCGUCCCGACUCACAUGCAAAGUUACAUUGACCUCAAUUCGAAUAACGCACCCACAGCUAACAUUAUAUCUCAAGAUUCCUUUGAAUUGGACACCCCUAACAUACUGGAUAUCGGCGAUAAAGUUUUCAACGACUCCGAACUAGUUACGAAUUUAGACGCUACUAAACUUGAAAGUGAUAUUGAUUCUUUUUUAAAAGAUCCUAUUGAUGAUAGAUCUCUGAAUACUCCGCCACCAUCAAAAGUGCAGCAAAACAUUGAAAUAAAUCCAGCUAACUCUGUUCUCUUCAACACAGAACUCGAUUUAGAAGAUACACUGUUAUUUGACAAUGAGCCUCCUUCAGACAUGUAUGUUGUGAGGACCGAGAAUAUUUUUGGGAAAGAAAUAGCUAAAAGGAAUGCAUUGGAACAAUUAGCAGCAGAUGCAGGCAUCUGUUCAUGUAAAGAUUGCAAAUGUGACCCCUCUGGUGGGGAAUGUAGAAACUGCAAUCCUGAAGAAGAGACCCCUAAAAAGGAUAAGUGCUGUACGGAAGAUAAAUGUUCAUGUGUUGACUGCAAGUGUGAUCAUGCAGCUAUGAAGUGUGCGGUUGGCUGUGGUCGAGCUACGGACACAAAUCACAACACGUUUCUACACUAUCAUCGAAGACACAACAAUACUAAUUUGGAGGACUUGGGUGUUUUUACAUUACAUGAAUGUGAAGAGGAAUCGCCUUCUACAGAUAUCAUUGAUCACCUAAAAUGCUCUUGUCAUAUCAGUGAGGGACCGGAGACAUGCUGUAACUCUGGGUCCAAAAAUAGCACUCCCAAGGAGCAGGGUUCCUGUUGCAGCAAAACAGGAGGCUCAAAGUCCUGUUGUGUUACGAUAUGUUUUAAGAAAUUUGAUGCAUUUAAGCAGUUUUUGACCGAAAACGAUUUAUUGACUGCGUUGAAAUCGCAGAAUUUUUCUACUACUUUUUAAACGCUUGUAGUUGCUUUAGUUAUUGCAUUUAUAUAUGUAUUAAUUACGUACAAAUAAACUAUUUCUUACAUUGGCGUUAUUAGUAGAUUGCAAAUAACAAUUUGUAGAUAUUAUAUUGAUGAAUUAUUUAUUAGUAUUUUUAGUUAAAAAUAUAUUAUUAUUGUAAAGAUUUAAAAAAAUAGCUUCUAGGAUAUUUUUACUAAAUUGUGCCAUAUUGUUAAUGAAUUGUGAUGAAUUUAUUGUUCAAUUACAACUAUUAUCAAGGAAUUGGUGCUACUGUUUAUAUUCACAAGCAAUGCCUUAAAUGUUGUUAAUUAAAUGUACUUAUGAUGUGCUUAAAUUGUACAAAGUGUUGAAUAAUUUUAUAAUGAGAUUUCUAUUUACUAGUUGUGAUGUAAUACACAAGCAAUAAUCACUAUUUUGUAAGAAUUCUAGUCCGUUUCACAAAUAAAAGCUUUAUUAAAAUGUAGCAUGUUUUAUUUAAAUAUUAGACAGUAUUGAAAACCACAUUGUGACAUUCUAGUUUAUACAAAACAUCAAUGCUACAUUCUAUGUCCUAUAGGCCUUGUUAUUUAUUCUUAGCAGCUGGCUUUUUUAAAUACAAAAGUUACCUUUAAGUAAAACCACCUUCCAUAAGGUUCAAGGGAAUUUGUGACAAAUCUACAUUGUGUAUUUACUAUUUUGAUUUGGCAUUAGAUAUUCUCGUCAUUGGAAUACUGCAAUAAUCACAUCCUACAAGUUACAUAAGUAAAUUACUAAUGAGUAUAUGAGUGAUUAGGUAUAUUUUAUUAACAU